UGCUUGACAUACAUAUCUGUAUUCAAUUUCAUGAAACAUGGCCAAAAGGUUCUCACUGACCGAAGAAAAGCUCGACGACCUUUUCGUGGAGGAGGUGGCCAGUGUAGUGAAGCUAGUUGGUCGGCUGCCGGCUAAAGAUCAGAUUGCGCCCAUCUGCACAAGAUGGCUACACAUUUUCCAGCAGUCCACGCCAAAGGAAAGGUUUUCCCGCAACUAUAUGCUUCUGCUCCUUCACAAGCAACUGAACGAACAGAAAACUUUGACAUAUCCAUUCACGAAUCCCAAGACAUCCCAGAUGGAUUUGCCCACUAUCCACCAGAUGAGCUUAAAGAUGGAUAACAAAACGGAGCACCAAAGCGGAGUGGGUGAUGAGUGCAGAUCUAAUGAGAGCUUGGAUGAGGAGGAAUUGUCCUCUUUCAGUUCCUGCGAAAAUUUAGAGGAGGCCAAACUUAGGUUGGUUGACGAAAAUACAGAAUUAUCCAAGGAGUUGCAGGAGCUCCAGAGUACGUAUAAAAAAUUGCAGGUGAAGCGCGAUAAGGGCGAGAAAGCCAUUCAAAUGCAAAGGGAACAGAUUAAUAUGCUCGACAAGGAGAAUCGCUACCUAAAGCGAAUCUUCGCUUGCUCCUCGAUCUACGCUCUAAAGCAGCUUUGCACCGGACAAGAUCCGGCGUUGUUCUUCGACACCCUGUUCAAUGUCCUCUGCGAAGAGGAAGCUGACUAUCAGCAGGUGAAGCACUUCAAUGAACACUUCAAGGCCCUGCUGCAUGCCCAUAUUAAUCACUUCCAGCGACAGCAGCGGGCUCCUUUGUUGGAGCAGGCUAGCAAAAGGUACGACAAGCUGCGAUCGAAAGUGAGCAAGAGAUACAAAAAUGUGAUGGCCCUGAAACUUGAUGCCCAGGGCCAGGAGCUGACUCUGAGUGCCAUGCGCUAUCUGACCGUGCUGCGGAGACUAUUCAUCGCCACCUUCGAGGGCAAAGCAAACACUAAGAAGGCAGUCGUCAAGAUACUUCAGCAGAGCUACGAUCAUAUGAACGAGAUGUUGUAGGAAACGAGUAGCUCACCUGGGAAUCAGCCGCUCGCACUGCAGCAUGUGCUCCAAAUUC